AGAAUCUAGAAUGCAGAAGAGCACAAAGGGAAGUCAAUCAAAGAUCGGGCCUACCUAUACAGUAAAAGAUGAAGAUAUUGACCAAGAACUCGGUGAAGAAAUAGUGACUGAGAUACUUGAAAGAAGACUACUGAUGCAUAUCACAAUGGAAAAUAACACUGUCGAUGAGGAUACAAUGUGAGACAUUGCCAAAACAUUCAAAAAUCUUGACAAAUUAGAGGGCCUCAACCUCAGAUGAUCCCAAGUGACAGACAAGGUUGCUGAAUCCCUAGCCGAGGGCAUCAGCCUUAAGAAGGAACUCAGGUCCCUAGACCUGGGCGAGAACCAAUUUGGAGCAUCCGGUUUAAUGAAGUUAGGAGAAUCUUUAAAAACCCACGUCAGGUUACACCAGCUGUUCUUAGAUAAUAAUUAUCUUAAGGGUGAAGAUGCAGCUAGAGCUAUAUGAUCAGCACUCAAGCAUAAGCAAGACCUUCGGAUAUUCAAUAUAGAUAAUAACAAUCUUGGAAGUGAAGGGAUGGUCAUCCUUGCUGGCGGGCUCAAAAUAACAACUGGCAUGCUCAACCUCUACCUUGACAGCAAUAAUAUCGAAGUAGAAGGAGCCAAAGCAUUAGCAAAGUGUCUUAAAGAGAUGGAGAACCUCAAGAAGAUCUGCCUUGAAAAUAACAAGAUCAAAGAUGAAGGUCUCGAGGCGAUUUGUAGAGCUCUGUAUAAGAACACUUCACUUCAGAUGUUUUACAUCGAAAACAACAAUAUCACCGAUGAAGGGUCUUACAGCCUGGGAGAUAUGCUGCAGAACAAGUCUAAGCUAAAGAAGCUCAACAUCGGAUACAACAACAUCUCUGAUAAGGGCCUAAAGUACAUUUUUGAAAGCAUAAUUUCAAACAAGAAUCUGUCUUUACUCAAUAUUUCAAAGAAUAAGAUGACUCAUGAGUCUGUUGAGGACCUCUCGACCUGCUUGCUUAACAAAUCAAUGCUUGUCAAGCUGUUCAUUGAUGGCAACAAUAUCGGACCAGAAGGUGCAAUGCUUCUCGCAGAUGGGUUGAUGGAUAACACAAAUCUGAUGAACUUACAUUUAUCAAACUGCAAUAUCGGGAAGGAUGGAGCAAGAGCUCUGUCCCCAAUAUUCUCGAACAAAAAGAAUCUCUCGAUUCUUGAUCUCAACAAUAAUAGGAUCCAGACGGAUGGGUGCAUUGCCAUAAUGAAGGAACUCAAGGGAAAUGCCGCCUUAACCGAGCUUUAUAUGAACAAUAACUUCAUUGACAUUGAAGGAGCCCUUGAGCUGGCUGAGUGCCUAGGAAACAAGAAGUACAUAGCUGAGCUCUGGCUCUCUAACAACAAUAUCAUGACUAAAGGAGCCGUCGCCAUCGGCGAGGCCCUUGAAGACAAGAAAUACCUUGAAGUCCUCAUCAUGAAGCAGAACGAGAUUGAUGCAGAAGGUGUCGUUGCAAUCCAAGCCGUACUUCAAAACUCGAAAAAUUUGAAAGAGCUUAAUCUAAGUGGUAAUAAUAUCGGGGAUGAAGGAGCCCAGCUCCUCGCAACUUGCUUGAAAGGAAAGGAGUUCAUCACCCUCCUCGCUCUUAGUGAUAAUAACAUCUCAAGUCUUGGGGCAGUAAAAUUGAUGAAAGCUUUGGAAAAGAACGAGACUUUGACCGACCUUUACCUCGCUAACAACGUGAUCGAUACAGAAGGAGCCAAAGCUAUUGCAAAAUGCUGUGAAAACAAGAAGUUCCUCAAGAACCUUGAUAUUGAUAACAAUCGAUUUAGUGCAGAGGGAGCAGCUAUUAUCGCUGAUAUUUUCAAAAAGAUUCCAGUUAGCAAGAUUGUGCUAGUCAAAAAUAAUGUAUCGGUUGAAGGUGCCCAAGCCUUGGCUCAGGCUAUCAAGAAAAAUAAGAACUUGACUCAAAUAUAUCUCUCUAAUAACAACAUUCCUGAUGAAGGGAUCCAGGUGAUUGCUGAGGCAUUACAAGACAAUACCAUGCUAACAGAUCUCUUCAUGAGCUACAACGAUCUGAGCGAGAAUGGAGGCCUUGAUCUCUGCCAAUGAUUAUCGAAUAAGAGCAAGUUAAAAAUCUUAGGACUGAGCAAUUGCCAACUUUCAUCAGAAGCUAUCAGAGGUCUGGCCCCUUCUAUUGAAGAAAAUACAGAGCUGAAGGAGCUCUACCUUUACAGCAAUGGGAUUAAUGAAGAAGGAGGAAUUGCUAUUGCUAAAGCACUUAAAAAUAAAGAUUUCAUUUCGAAGCUAGGAUUGAGUAACAAUAGGAUCUCUGAAGGAGGAGCCAUUGCUCUGGCAGAGAGCCUUGUUGAUAAACCAUACCUCACCAAGCUUGGCCUUGAAUCUAACUCCAUCGGCCCUGAAGGAAUCGUAAAGCUCGCUGAAGCUCUUGAAGAGAAUACAAGUCUUAAUGAACUCUAUUUAAGUGCAAACUCGAUGAAAAAUGAAGGUCUAGUAGCUAUUUCCAAAUGUCUAAAGAACAAGACUAACCUCACAAUCCUUGGUCUUGAAGGAAAUCUGAUCUCAGAUAGCGAUGGAUUUGAAGUCCUUGGAGAAAUUCUAACUUAUCUCCCAAAACUUGAACGUUUAUUUUUAAACAAUAAUUUCCUUGGGAAACAGGGUGCUUCAGCGAUCGGCAAAGCUCUAGCAUGCAAUGAAAGCCUCAAGGAAUUGAAUCUCUCGCACAAUGCUCUCUGUGAUGAGAGCGGAGAAUACAUCGCUCUAGGUCUUGCUAAAAACACCUCUUUACUCCGCUUACAGCUCUCUUCUAAUGAGAUCGGUAAUGGAGCAUGCUAUGAGCUCGUCAAAGCAUUAAAAGAAAAUGAAUUCAUUUGAGACUUGGAUGUAAGUGACAAUUCUAUUUCCCUCAAAGCUCUCCAAGAGCUGAUGAAGACCUUAAAGGAGGUGCACAACUUGAAAAUCCUGAAUGUCAGAAACAAUGUGUACUCCUCAGAGGAGAUUACAGCGAUUCAGUCGAAUCUGAACUUGUUGUCUUCCAUCCCUCACAAAGCGUUGCUGUACUAAAAAUAAUGGUUCAAU